GACGCGCGGGGCGUGCAGAUGGAAACAUUUUACCCAUUGUGUUUUCAGUUAAAUCAGGAAAGUUUUGCUAGUGGUCGCUAGUUAAGGAAAAGUGGGGACUGGUAUCUUCUUUUUAUAAAAAUAUUCCUGCUACAGAGCUCAGCGUUCGGGGUUGGGCGCGGGGCAUUCGCGGGAAUGCACGCCCGGCCUGGCACCUGCGACCUUUGGGCACCCGCCGUGAGCCUUUUUGGAGCUACGUCCACAAAUGUCGCGAUCAUCAAUCUCUACUUCAUCAAUCUCUACUUGCCAGCAGAGCAACUGAAGUCUGCGGACAGACUCGUUUCUCUUCCUUGCCAGAGGCCAAGCGCCCAAAUGGGGUCUCUCAACACAACAAACUUCAUUACAAGGCUUUCUGCUUUAUGUCUGAGGAAAACCAAGAUGCAACACAGGCACCAAAGUAACAGACGACCAACGGUUCCACUCGGAUCACGGAUUUUAACUGAUCCUUCUAAGGUCUUUGAGCAUAACAUGUGGGACCACAUGCAAUGGUCACAAGAAGAAGAAGAGAAUGCCAAGAAAAAAGCAACAGAGAAUUCUCUUGUGAAAGUUCAAUCAGAAGACCAAGAUAAAUAUGAGAGAGAAGCCAGUAAAUAUUGGAAUGAAUUUUACAAGACACAUAAAAAUAACUUUUUCAAGGAUCGCAAUUGGCUGUUUCUGGAGUUCCCAGAAAUUCUUCCAGAAAAAAGGAGAGAAGAGUUCAAAACAGAAAAAAUAUCUUUGGAACACACAAAAAUAAAUAAUGACAACAGUUUUUCACUCAAAAAUGGAAUGUUUGAAGAAGGAGAAAAAUACUGGGAGAAAAAUUAUGGAUCUGGUUCUACUGCUGUACAAGGAUAUGUAUAUAGUAAAAAUCAAGUGAAAGCUCUUCCUGCCAACCCUCAAGGUAAAAAGUGUGGAGAAGAACUUGGCAAGGUCGAAUCCUUCCCUGGUUGUGAUGCCACUUACCGAAUAUUAGAGGUUGGCUGUGGAGCAGGAAACAGUGUCUUUCCUAUUCUGAAAGUUCUAUGCAAUACACCUGGAACCUUUCUGUACUGUUGUGAUUUUGCUUCAGGAGCAGUGGAGCUGGUAAAGUCACAUUCGUCCUACAAUUCAGCCUGGUGUUCUGCCUUUGUUCAUGAUGUGUGUGAUGAUGCUUUACCCUAUCCUUUUCCAGAUGAGAUCCUGGAUGUCAUUCUCCUUGUCUUUGUGCUCUCUACUAUUCAUCCUGACAGGAUGCAAGGGGUUGUAAAUAGGUUGGCUAAGCUACUGAAGCCUGGAGGAAUGUUGUUAUUUCGGGACUACGGAAGAUACGAUACAGCUCAACUUCGUUUUAAAGAAGGUCAUUGCUUGUCAGAAAAUUUUUAUGUAAGAGGAGAUGGAACCAGAGUAUAUUUCUUUACCAAAGAUGAGGUAUGGAACAUGUUCACCUUGGCUGGAUUAACUGAAGUACAGAAUUUAGUUGAUCGGCGAUUACAAGUAAACAGAAAGAAAAAAGUGAAAAUGCAGCGAGUUUGGAUACAAAGCAAGUUCCAGAAGCCAUUGCAAUCUCUGCAGAAUCCUGAAGAAAGCACCAAAAGGCACCCUUGUAAAUAAUUUUACUCCAGAAAUGCAGUACAAAAUCGAACUUCAGAAACGGAAGGAAAUUUGAGUACGUGUGUUUUCAUUUAAGUAUGCAUAAAUGUUGUGUUAGCCACUGAAAAGUAUUAAAAAGUUCAAUAAAUGUAUUGAACUGAAAACCUUUCUCUGACUUUCUUUUCUUUGUAAAUUCAUAUGUGUAAGAAAAAUCUGAGGGGAGAUAAAGGCUAUUUCUGACUUCUGCUUUAUAUGCAAUAAUCUUUUCAUAACUGUGACCAGGCAUUAUUUUACUCCCUUGAAUAUGAAUAGUCAAUAAGUAUACACCUCAUUCUGUUGAAAUUCAUGGUAUGUAAAAAGGUUAGUUUGAAGCAUAAUUGUUUCAAAGAUUUAGAGAAACAGAGUAUCUGUUCUCACUAUUACCACAGACUGUGGUAAUUUCUGAGUCAUAUCCUUUUCAACCACCGUGUCUUACAACUGUAUUUCCUCUUUGGAGGGAAAUUUCUUGGUGCAUAAAUAAUGAAGACAAAAAUUUUUUUCUGAUUUGCAUGUAGCUAUGAUUUCACACUAACUGCAUGUGAUAUGUAUACAUAUCAGAUUACUCAGUGAUUUUUGUCCUCCUGACUGAUUUAUUAUGCUGUCUCUGCUUUUUGUCUACAUGCUCAUAAGGAACAGGUCAAUUUCAAAUACAAUACAUUACACAUUUAAAGUGCUCUAGAUUGUAAACUGAAUAUGUUUCAUGUAGAAAACAUUACCAAAAUGCCAAAACAGUUCUGACACCAAAUAGUUAAUAUUGGAUAGUUGUCUGGAUAAAUACAAAUAUUAUUUCUACGAUAGGUUAGAUAUGCUAGAGGGAGGAGCAAAACCAGUAGUCCUAAGUACAUUUUAUUAAUAGUGUCAUGGAUUAAUGUAAUCACACUAGAAUUGCAAUCUAUCUGGCAGCUGAGAUAUUUUUGUUGUUUACAAAAAGAAGUUGCUUUCUUAGGGAUUCUACAUUAGAAAGAAAAAACACUGUUUUUUAUUGGUUGGGUGGGGAUAUAGCAAAGGACAGGACUAGUCCUGGCCUUCAAUACUUUAAAUUCUUUUAAGAAGAAAAGUGAGGUGCAAGCUCUGUUUUCAAAUGUAGAACAUAAUCCCGAAGGCUGUUGAGCUUGUAUUUAAAGAUUUCAUUUUGCCACUCUGUUAUUUUAAUGUAAUUUUAAAUCACUUUGCCACAAGGAGGAGAGAACAAGAAAAAGGUGAAUGAAUAAAAUAAAUCUCUUUAUUUAAACAAGGGUGUGGGAUGCAUGUAAUCUAUAACAUGUAGUUUUGAGUGUCAUUAAUACAGUGACACUCAAAGUCUCUUU